ACUGAUAAAGGACUAAGGUAGAAGGAUAAUUUACAACUCCGAUCUCUAACCCUAAUUUGACUAACCCUGAAUUACAAUUUAGAACUCUUCUUUCUUCUCUUCCUAGUUUCAUCAAUUGGUUACAUCACAUUACAGCUUUGCAUAAAAAUUGACGAGUUUUUACACGAAAUCUCGGAUUUUCAUCUUCACUUCACUUGAUUGAGGAACAUAUAAGAAGAACGAGCAAAAAGGAUUGCCGGGAAUUUCAACUUUUACGACGAGAUUGUAUCCUCGGAUCUUCCUUUCAAGUUUGAAACAUAAAGAAGGCAAUUUGGUCAAUUUAAGUUUUUAUUUAUCUUCCAUAUAUGCGACAGAAUACGGACAACGGACCCAUGGCAGCUGGUAACUCCAACUUGUCGAUUGACUCGGAGAUAGAGGAAGAAGAUGAGCUUCCAUGUAAUACUGGGGGACCUCUGCUCAAUUCUCCAGGUGUAAAUGAGAAACAUCAACAUGAGCUGAAGAGUUUGACAUUGACAACAAAACCAUGCACCACAAUGAAGUUUUUUGUUUUUGCCAUGUAUGAUUACGUGAAGCAAUCAGUUGCAUAUCUCUUGGCAAAAGGUGGCUGGCUUUUAGUAUUUAGUUCCUUGGUAAUGUCUUGUGGAGUUCUCUUGGCAACUAUGGAAGGUUCUCACGGAAAGCAUGCUGAGGAGGUUCUCCGGUACAUUCAGUUUGUUUUAUGGUGGACCGCUCUUGGUGUUGCAUCUUCUAUUGGCCUUGGGUCUGGGUUGCACACUUUUGUUCUUUAUCUUGGACCACACAUUGCCCUAUUUACCAUAAAAGCAAUGCAAUGUGGCCGAGUUGAUUUAAAAAAUGCUCCAUAUGAUACAAUACAAUUGAAAAGAGGUCCAUCAUGGCUUGAUAAGGACUGUGCUGAUUUUGGACCUCCAUUAUUUGAGUCUGUUCAUGGUUCAAGAGUUCCUCUUAUGAGCAUCUUGCCUCAAGUCCAGUUGGAAGCUGUUUUAUGGGGUGUCGGGACAGCAUUGGGUGAACUUCCACCAUAUUUCAUUUCAAGGGCAGCAAGCUUAUCUGGAAGCAACCCAGUGGAAAAAUUGGAUGCGUCGUCUCCUGAAGAUAAUGGAAUAGUUGGCAGGCACUUAAAGCAUGUGAAACAUUGGCUCUUGUCACAUUCUCAGUACAUGAAUGGCUGGACAAUUUUGCUGCUUGCUUCGGUGCCGAAUCCUCUGUUUGAUCUGGCUGGUAUAAUGUGUGGACAAUUUGGAGUACCUUUCUGGCAAUUUUUCCUUGCAACCUUAGUUGGAAAGGCAGUUAUAAAGACUCAUAUUCAGACAUUUUUUAUCAUCUCAGUGUGCAACAAUCAGCUCCUAAAUUGGGUGGAGAAUGAAUUGAUUUGGGUUCUUAGCCAUAUACCUGGAGUUGCCUCUGGGCUGCCUACAUUGAUUGCCAAAUUGCAUGCUGCUAAAGACAAGUAUCUUGUAACUGCUCCACCAGUGGCUACUAAUAUCCAGGCAAAGAAGUGGGGUCUUUCUUUUGCUUCAAUUUGGAAUACUGUUGUCUGGCUUGUCCUCCUGAAUUUCUUCUUCAAGAUUGUAAAUGCAACUGCUCAGAAUUUUUUAAAGAAGGAGCAAGAAAAGGAGCUUAAAAAGGAGUCAUGAGUUACCAAUACAGAGAAAGAGUAAAUUUCUGGAGGAACCGCAUUUAAGUUCACCUUUCUAAGUCACGUAAUGGUGACCCGGUGAAGACUUAUUUCGAACUGAGGGUUCAGUUUGGUGUUUUUUCAUGUGUUCCUCUAUAUUCAUGUGAUUAGAUGAAGUUAUAGGAGGUGGUGAAAAGUGUUAACAUUGACUUUUUACAGUUAAUCCUACCCCAUAUUCAUCCUCUUGCAAGAGCGGCCACCAUAGAUGCUUUGUAUAGACAUAGAAUAUAGGAUUGACGGCGGCAAGGAAAAGCAAUAGUUCCAUAUAUCUGAUAGUCUGUGGUUUUUUAAGUUCAACUCGAGUGGAUUUGUAAUAGUACUGUGGGUAUUGGAAAUUAUGAUUCUUCGGGAUGCAAGAGACAAAGUUCCUUGCAUGUUCUUUUC